AUGGGCAACGAGCAGUCACAGCUGCUUUCACCCCGCCGCAGAAUCCGCAAACUCCUCCCCAGCUCGACGCCCCAGCCUCGGCGGCACCCCUCGUCGGUCCUGUACGUGCCGUCAGCAACUACAUUCGCCGCACCUGUGGCGGUGGUCAUCGUCCAGACCACGCCACAGACCCCGCCUUCUACCACCCUCGUCCACUACGCUGCGCUUGUGCUCAAGGCACGCCAGCUGGUGGCCACCAUCCUUGCCUCGGGCCACUCGGUCUGCAUUGAACACGAUGGCCCAACCACCUACGCCGUCUUCACUUCGCCGCUUGAUGCGCUGGCUGCUGCCGCUGCCGUCCCAUGCGUACUGGCGGCCUUCAACGAGGGCCAAGCCCCGUCGCCGGAAUGGCACCUGCGCCUCGCAGGCGUAGCCGUCACUGCCGGCGACGGCGAGUCCCUUGCCCAGGAUGCCACCACCGGUUCGCUCCACGGCCCACUUGUGGACGAAGCCAAGGCCGUCCUUCAAGCCGCCUCAGAUUCCGCUCCGCUUGUCCUCACACCAGCCGCAAUGGCUUCGCUCGCCGACCACCCCCUGCCGGACGGUCUCGUCCUCUACCCCAGCAACAACAGCAUCACCACUGUGGCGCUCGACGCCUACCAUCCGCCGGGCUUUGAGCCCGCCGCUCUCGCGAGUCUUCCGCCGCCCAGCUCGCCCUUUGUCUCUGCUCUGCUCAAGCGGUUCUCGGCGUCGCGCGCCAAGCUUGCUGCUGUUGACAAGCGGCUUUCGGCAAAGUACAUUCGCGAGACUGCAGUCGUCGCCGUGGGCUACAAUUGGGUCCCGCUCACCGAGACCACCGGUGUCGUGGCCUCGCUCGCUGCCCAACAAGCCACAGCAGGCCUAAUCCGUCCCAUUGUUGAGUCGUACCAGGGCGCCAUGCUCGACCCGGCGCUCAUGUGCUUCGAGUCGCCGGUCAAUGCUCUCUCGGCAGCACUAGAGAUCCGCUCCGCCAUCGCCCUUCACAACACUAUCGGUGACUCACCCAUCCCCGUUCUGGCCUUUGGCGCAGCCUCGGGCAAGCUCCUCCUCGCUCCGGACACUGACGUCCACUGGGGUGAGCCGGUUUUUGCCGCCCGCUCCCUCGCUGUGGCACCUGGCGCCGCGCCAGGCGAGCUCGUCAUCGCUAACUCCCUCUAUGCCGCGCUCACCGCCUCGAAGGACCACGAUGCCACCGCCCUUCUCGCCACCCUCGCCCUUUCUCCGCGCUCCGACGGUGCAGUCGUUGUUCAACCGACCAAGCCCCCGCCGCCUGGCUCUCCGCCUGGCUCUCCGCCCUCGAGCUCUCGAAAUCCAUCGCCUGCCACUCCACAUCUCGCACUCCCCACCGCUGCCGCCGCGUCAACAGACAGCAUGCCUGCCUGCGACGUUGUCGCCUCGGCUGAAGGCACCGUCUCUGAUUCACCGGCCAUUCGCCACUUCCAAGCCCCAGUCGCCUGUGUUGUCUCGGUCCUGGACGCUCCGCGGCCAACCGCCGUCGGCCCGCUUGCGUGGGCCGCGAGUCUGCUCAAGGUCCGUCAGGCCCUUCUUGCUCUCUUUCAGUUCCACGGUGCGCUCCUUGUCGAGUUUGACAGCAACUCUGCGUUCGCCGUCUUUGACUCGGGCGAUGCCGCCGUCGCCGCAGCAAGCCUCAUCCCGCGCUUGAUUGCCAAGAUCAAUGCCAGCUCGCCAAACCCGUCGUGGGCUGCUGCCCUCGCUGGAGUUGGUGCUGCCUGGGGCCCAAACCUUCUCCAGGAUCUCCAGACUGACAAGUUUGUGGGCGGGCCGGUCACAGCAGCACUUGCUCUGGCCAACUCGCCUGCGAAUGGUGGCAAGGUCCUCAUCGCUGACCCGCUCUACCGCCAGGUCGCAACUUCGUCGGCCCUCGUGUCGCUCAGUUUCGAUCCUGCAACCUCCACUCCUGAAGCCGCUCAUCCUGCUUUUGUUGUCGGAGGCAAGCUAAAGGGUCCGCGCUUCCGCUACGACCCCGCUCGCUACGAGUCCAUCACUCACUUUGGUAUUCCCAUCCCUCAAGCUGCAGAGGACUUUGUCACCGCGUUGCUGCAGGCCUACACAACGGGCUCUGACGACGAGCUUACUGCCGCCGGAUCGCGUUUCAUCACCCCGCUCGUCGCCCUUGCCAUUCACGUCGACUGGGCAAGCUUGGUGGCUGCCAUCAAGCCCUCGGCCCUCCUCGCCUCCCAACAAGAGGUCUUUGUCCUAGUCAAGAAUACUGUGGCUGCCGCAGGUGGCUUUGCCGUCUCGGCAAGCCUAGCGCUCUUCCCCACCGCACCCGCGGCCUUUGCUGCUGGCCGCACCCUCCAGUCGGCGCUUGGCGGCCAUGUUCUCGCUGCCCAUGAUAAUGCGCCUGUCCCGCUCCGCGGCCUCGGUCUGGCCUCUGGUCGGGUUCUCGUCGGGCCAGAGACUGAUGUGGUCUGGGGCUCGGCUCUCGAGCUCGCGCGUGAGCUGGCAGGCGCUGCGCCUAGCGCCGCCACUCUUGUUGUCGAGGCUGCUUCCCUCACUGCCAUUGAGCGUGAGAACCCGGCCAGCCUUGCAUCGCUCACGCUGGCCGCCACCAGCGUUGCCUCGGCUGCCUGCGCCCGUGAGGUGCCUGUCGCCUCGCUCGCACCGCCGAUCGAUGUUCUCCGCGUCCAUGACGCGACCACCGAGUCCUCCCUCGCACCAAGCGAUCCGCCGGUCCUUCGCCCACAUCCGCACAACUCGUCGAUCGCCGCGUUCUCGUCGCCGGUCUCGGUAGUGGUCACCCACAUGGCCGGCUUCUCCCGCAUCACCCGCAAGCAUGGCAUUGUGCACUACGCAUCACUGGUGAUGCGAAUGCGGGUCCUGAUGGGGGAGCUCAUGGCUGCCCACGGUGCCCUGUGCGUUGAAGCCGAGGCCGACAAGCUGUACAUCCUCUUCGCCGAGCCUGCGUCGGCCGUCGCCGCUGCGCUGCAAGUCAAGCCCGUGGUCGACGCCUACAACCGCUCGCUUGCUUGCGACGACGACAAGAUCCGCAUGUCGGGCGUUGGCGUCGCUCACGGUGGCGCCGUCGUCCAAGACCUGCUCACCGGUAAGUACUUUGGCCCGCCAGUUGACUCGGCCUUUGUCCUCGCCGCAGACCUGGCUGCCAAGGGCGAGGUUCUGGUGGACGCCACUGUGGCUGCUUACCUCGACCAUGACGCCUCGGCCUUUACCACGCUGGACAUCUCGUCGCGUGGUGCAGAGGUUCUCUCCGUCUCGGGCUCGCCUCGCCCGGAUCUUGCCUACGUCUAUCCAGGCCAGCUUGUAGUGUCCGCUCCGCCUGCAGGCGAGCUCGACUUUGAGCGAGACGCCCUCGCUCGUCUCAGCCUUCCGUCGCGAUCAGCCCGCGCUGCUGUCGAGGCCGAGCUCCGCGAGCGCUACAUGCAGACACGGACGGUGCUCAUGUACGGCGUUGACUGGUCGUCGACCACCAAGUCUUACGGUGUCAUCCACACUAUCGGCCUCAAGCAAGCCGCGCUCCAGCUCGCAUCCAAGGUGGUGAGCCAGGGCGGCGGGACCGUGCUCGAGGAGACGCUCUUUGUCUUCAAUGACGUGGCGGCAGCGCUCGACGCCGCCCUCGCGCUCCAUGACGAGUUUACGUUCUACAACCGCAAAGCUCUUGCCGACUCGCGGGUCCCCCUCCUCGGCCUUGGCCUUCACACCGGCGAGCUCCUCCUCGCGCCCAACACUGACAUCCACUGGGGCGAGCCAGUCUCGCUUGCGUCGCGGCUAGCUGAGCUCGCACCUCCGCCUCCGCCUCCGCCCGCAGAGGGACCGUCGGGUGCGAGACCUGACAGCGCCCCGAUCUUUGUGUCGGGUGCGGUCCGCGAGCGGCUGGCAGCUUCGCGCCUCGCCUCGCGCCUCACCGCGCUCCGCUGGCCCACAAGCGACGACGCCGUCGAAGCCUUUGAGCUCGUUCCAGCGCCGGUCGUCGCGAGCACCCCGUCGGAUCAAGGCGGCUCGGCGUAUGGUGAUGCGGCGGAAAGCUUGCCCAAGCUCGCCUCGCCCCACGUCGAGAGCACCGGCGGCCUAGCUGUCGAGUUCCGCCUCAAGAUGCGUGUCGCCCGCCGCGCAGAGUCGCCCGAGGCGCGGCUUGCCGCCAUCGAGGAUCUCGUCCGCAUCGCCGGCUCUGUCUCUCGGGCCGGGUUCAAGGUUCGCCGGUCCAAGAUCAACUGCAUCAACGCGUGGUCCGGCACCGAGGCCCGGGUGCCGGACGAGCCAGCCUUUGACUCGGCGCGGGCCGGCGGGUUCUUUGAGGCGCUUCCGCGUGCGCAGCCAGAGGUCAACCGAGUCAUUGCCCUCGGCAACUACUUUCUCGAGCUGCUCGAAGAAGACAAGUCAGCUGAGCUGGUCUCUGGCAUUGAGCUUGAGCGCGUCCGUGCGGCUCUCAAGGGACUCGCGCUUGUCCUCACCAACGGUGGUGGGACGCUGGAGGAGCUGCUGGACCUCUCUCUAGCGGUCAUGACCUCGCUGUGCAAGGCGCCCAAUGGUGGUGUUCGCUCGAUCGCCGCCGCCUCAGUCUGUGCCCUCAUCUAUGCCCACAUUCCGCAUGUCCUCGCCAAGCUCACCAAGCUCGAGUCGUUUGAGUUUGUGGUGGCUGCCUGCAUUUGUUCGCGGCGGACGGCGCUUCAGGCCAUCGGCCUUGGCCUUCUCACCACGCUCCCGCUCCGUGAGCCUGGCUACACUCUGCUCGGCGAGGUGUUCGAGACGCUCCAGGUCGGGCUGAGGCUCCAAGUCCUCGCCCUCAACGGUGCGACGCCGCUCAUCCGCUCGUCGGCGCAGCAGGUACUCGACGCGCUCGACGAGCCCGAGUCGCCACCGCCGCUCCUGCCGACGCUCGCGCUUCCAACAGUCAGCAUGCUCGCCGAGCCGGCGGCACGCGGCAGCGUGUCGGUCGAGGCCGGCUCGGUCCAGCGCAUUCGCAUCAACGCCCCAACUCCGGGCACCGUCAUCUCGUUUGCCGCCAAAGUCCACCACCUCGACGUCGGCCUUGCCGUCGAGUAUCGUAAGCGCAACAGCGAGCCGGUCGCCUUCCACCACCAGGUCAUUCUCUUUGCGGCAGAUUCACCGUACCGUCGCUGGUUCGUGGCACCCAAGGCUGGCCGGUACGACCUGGUCCUCGACAACGAGUACUCGUGGUUUGCUUCAAAGUCCGUCUCGUACGCGGUCCACGUUCUCAGACCAGACGCUGUGGCACCCUAGCUUAGUGUACUCAGCCGCAGCCGCAGUUGAGGCUCCCAAUCGUAGCCGCACACCUUGGCCGCGCUCGCUUUCAGUUCGGCCGCGCGCGUGCUCCCAUCGUCGUCGGCGUGCAAGACUGCAAGCUCGAAGAGGGCGUGCGGUGUGACCCACGUCUCGCCGCAGAUCUCCGGCGUCGGCGGCGCCGGAAGCCCAGCCGCACACAAGAGCGAGGCAGAUGCUUGCUCUCGCGCGCCAGUUAGUGCAAGGAGCACGCCGCGGAUGAGGUGCUCCACGUGCCGGGCUUCAUGCGCAAGACUAGGCUCAAGCAUGCGGGCCCACAGAGACGAUUCUCCUGCAAGUCGCUCGUCAAGUACCUUGAGCCACGCUGCAGCGCGCUCGGCGCUAAAAUGGUGCAGCUCGCGAUCGAGGUAAAAGACGGUAAACGCCACAAGACCAAG